CAAAACUCAAGCAGAAGACAUAAAAGAAAAAAACAAGAAACUUGAAAGUGCUAGUAAAAAGAUUUCUCAUCUAGAAGCCCAAGUUGAAAAGUUGGAGGAAGAAUCAAGUCAAAAAAACAAAAAAAUAGAAAAACUAAGUAAGCAAUUAACUGAUAGUGAAACACAAAAUGAAAAUCUAAAGAAUUCAUUCUACUUAGAUAAUAAACCCUUAUCUGCUUUACCUGUAAAAGAGAACAAGUUAUCAAUUAUACAGAACAUUUUUAAGCAAUUAAAAACAAAAGCAAAAGUUAAGUUCUAA